AUGGUCAUAAACACAAUACAACAUGUCUCACUUGCAGCAGAUUUCAUGUACGAUGCAAUGUCGAGAGAUGCUACAGCUAGUGUUGGGUAUGACUACAAUCUUCGACAGAGCCGGCUAAGAGGUAAGAUUGAUUCUAAUGGAACAACCUUUGCUCAACUCGAAGAACGUUUGCCUAUUGGUGAUGAACUCUGUUGCAUUCUAUCCGCAGAGGUGGAUCACAUGAAGAAGGAUUACAAGUUUGGUUUCGGUGUCAAGUUGGUAACAGGUUACGGCACAGAAGUAUAA